UCCUGUUAGUAUUAAUGAGAUGCCUCAUACAUGCAUCACUUUAGAUGAUAUGACUGACUAAGGGGCACGAACGUAGACUAAACGGCGUCGUUUGAUGAUUUUACGGAAAAAAUGGCACAUACUGAUCUUCCCCCCUCCUUCAAUCCCUAUGCAAGUUGCUCCAUUUGCUCUCCCUAACCCUAUGCAAGCUGCCACCAAUAUCUCCCUACCCUAACCCUAAAAAUUGGAACAUACUCAUCUUCUUCACUCCUCUCUCUCCCCCUAACCCUACGCAGCCACCCAACGUGAUGUGAUAGAGAGGGCUGAGAGGGAGAUAAAGAGGCUCCCGACCCCAACACCACACUCCCAAGCAACAACUUUAUCUCACAGCAGACAGAGAAAGACCACCAAAAUCACAAGGUACAUACAAGCUACUUCAAUUCUUUUACAGCUACAUCAUCACCACUUAUGUUGCUUCAUUCUAAUACUAAUCGAACUUCAAACAUUCACUACAACCGUUUAUUUCAGAUGUUUUGCAGUACUAGUAUUCGAGUCAACAAAUUAUAACAAAAAUCUGAUUUCUUAGCGAAACCAAACAUAUAUACACAUACCAACAACACCCACUAUGAUCAGCAGUGAUUUCUGUGUGAAAUGAUUUUCUUACUAAAUAUUUCACACAAAUUCACAUACACAAGUUUUCAGAGAUGCAGCUUUCUUCUACUGCUCUACAACCCCUCAACAUCAUCUUAUGAAGUAGGGUAUCAGUUCAUCAUCUUCAUAUCAGUUGGAGUUUUCAAGACACCGGUAAUAAAUGAUGAUUACGUCAAAAGCUCAUACAUUCCCUUACUAACUCAAGACACUCGACACAAUUUAACACACGAGAUUAAACAGGCCCGGUGGCUGUGGCAAGCAAGAACAGAGCUUCUCAAGAAUAAAUGUCUAAACAUUAAAGGCGGCAUAUUCAUCGAGCGUGUGCAUGAGAGUCGAAAAUCUCUGAAAGGCAACUAUCAGCUAUGUUCCAUCAUACUUUCCCCUGCAAACUACUGCUGUUUUUCUAUUCUCAUUAUCCUAAAACUGUCACAAACUCCUAAACUUUGAAAUUCAUCAAUUUAGCAGCAGAGAUCAAUUCAUCAAUUCAGCUGCGAGAUCAUACUAAACUUUGAAAUUCAUCCAAAAUGUUAAACAGUAAAACCCUAAUUAACAGAGCAAUCGCCUCCAAAAUUUCCAAUUAGAUGCAAUAAGCAAUCAAAUCUUCGAAUUCGAAUCGAAUUUCCAGUAGAUUUUACAACAUUUCCAACAAUCAUAAUCACAAAAUAACAGCUUACAGGAUAAUCGAGCGGCCAAAUCGAUCAAUCACCGACUCGUUGAAGCCUCUUCAUGAUCAUGAUCGUGAUCGUGAUCGCACUCGGCGUCGGAAUCAUCCUCGUCGAAAGGCUUCUCCUUGUGGAAGAUGCAGCAUUUUUUGGAGCUCUUUUUAUUCAUAAACUCGUUGUCUACGGUUCCUUUCUUCCACGACACCUUCUUCUUCGGAAGCUUCAAUUUCAGCAACAGCGAGUCCCUAAUCUGCCGCUGCUGGUUGGAGGAGGAGGAGGUCUCGAGGGCCGUGGUGGUCGCCGUAGGAGGGGCGGUGGUCAAUUGCCUGCUGGAGGUCGGUCUCGCCAUUGUUGAUUUAUCCCAAUUUCAUUUCCACAGUUAUUUAACAAUUUAUAUUGGUAAACAGUGGAGUAAUAUCUAUACUAAUCUAAAGUGACAGUCGGGUGAAAUGACACUUUUGCCCUUUUUGGAGGGAAAAUAUGAAGUUAUUUUGUUUACCCUUUCGGUCAUUUUGAGAAAUGGCAAUCAUUAGACAGAAAAAGGCAGCUGCUAUUGAUCAAUAGUGGUUUCUCAAAUAAGAUUAAAUUCUUCGAUGAUGCGAGAGAUGGCUUUGAACAGGCUGAUAGCGCGAGUUUUUACAGAGUCGAGAUUGAGCUGCUGCUGAAGCGCCGGGUUCAGCCGCUCCACAACCUUCGUCGGCUGUUGCUGGUCUUGGCUUGCUGCCACCGCUGCCGCUUCCAUAGCUGCCAUUAUAUUUUAUCGGAGCUCCGACGUUAGCGGUCGGUGUGAAUUGAGAAUUCCGCUUAAAAAAGCAGCCUUUGUGUUUAAAACUAUACUUAAUAGAAUAUCAUGUCAAUUUGUAAGGGUAAAUACAUAAUCUAUAAUCUAUAAAUAUAUAGAGGGCAGCUGUGUGCCUAUUUACAAGAAUGGGAAAUAUGCCUAUUGGCUGAAUUUAUGGUCGAGUAAGAGAAGUUUUGAAACAAUUAAUAAAACGCCAAAUUGAGUCUGUUGUGCUGUGAAAUCUGGACAGAGAUGAGAGAGACGACGGCGUCAGUGAGGCCGCGCGUCCUCGGCUGUCUUCUCCGGGCGGCGUGAAAUCUGCGAGGGCUACAACUCUUGAUUUGGGGGAAAUGCGACGGAGUGUGUAUGGGCAGUGUUAUUGUCUUAUGAGAUGGUUGAUAUACCAUUAUCAGUGUUUUAACUGGGUAUAAAUUGUAUAGUAAAUUCUUUGAUGUUUAUGGGUAAUAAAUUGUGAUAACUUUUCGUAAAUGGAAAUAUCCAUAUUUUUAUACGAUAAAAAUAAAUAAAAUAUAUAUAUAUAUAUAUAUAUAGAGUUGCAUUCUAGGUACACUAUAUAUUAAGUGUUAAGCACAAGCUUAAUUUGGGACAUUGGAUCAUAAGGAUAAACGGCUGAGAUUAGAGCUUGAGAAUGCAGACGGUCGUCAUUACAUGAUGGUGUUUUGGUCAUUAAAGGGUAUAUGCGUCCCAUUGGAAUUAAAUAGCAGUUACUGAUUUAGGAAAUUAUAUGAUAUGCAGACAUCAUGGAGAGAAAUUUUGUCUGCACUAAUUCAGUUCCCAAGAUUAUCAAAAUUUUCGCACCCAUAUCAUUACUCCUUUUGAAUAUGUGUAGAAUUAGAUAUAAAUCUUUUCAAUUCUAAUCAACAUUACUUCAAAUCUCACUCAUUCCUUCUUCUCUUUAUCUUCACUCUUUUUUCUGUCACUCUGAUACCUAUCACCAAGUAAUGACUCCAACACAAAGCAAGGGCGGUGUGGCUGACUCGACUGACGCACGCCGACGUAGAGGGGAUGAAGAACCGAAAGCUGUUUCUCCGAACUCUUUAGCGGGAAAAGGAGGUGGUGCUCCCGGUGCUACCAAGAAAUCUGAUGUAAUACCAAACUUUUCUUCUAGAAACACUGUUGCUACUCAAAAUAAUGGAAAAUCGUCGGCAAAAACAUGGAAUGGUGGUGAAGCUAAAGGAAAAGAACAGGCGAAGGCUACAUGGAGAUCUUCGUCAAAACUUGUCCUUGGUGGGAAAGGCAAAGGAAAAGAGAAAGUGGAUGACGAUUACAAAGCUCCUGCAGCAUCAGAUGUAGGUGGUGAAUCCAAAGGAAAAGAGAAAGUAGCUGAUUUGGGUCAAGCAACUGAAUCAACAGAAAACAAGCGCAAGAGGACUUUGAAUGGUGUAGAUUCACCGCGAAGCCUCGUAAAGGAAAAACUGGCAAGGAAAAUAAUCAUCAAAGCAGUGAAUUGGGGUCAAGAUUCCACAAGAAAUGGGCCUACUGAGCAAGCACCUAGAGGGCAACCAUCAGUUGUGCCGGCUGUUCCUAAUCCUACUGAUGAGGUUGAAGUAGUGAACAGAAUGAAGCUAAGACGAUCUCCAAAAUUCCUAGUAGAGAUGAUGGAGUUGUUGAACGAGAACCAGCUACAGGCUGUUCGAGACAUGGGAUUUGGACAUCUAAUACACUUUAACAUCACUUCGAUACCGUCGCAACUAGCUUACUGGCUUCUAUACAACUUUGACCCCAUAACCUGCAGUGUGAAGGUGAGAGGUCAAAGAGUCCACUUAACUGAGGAGGACGUCCACAUGACGAUGGGGUUCCCAAGGGGAGAAAUAAUGAUUGUGAGGUCGACUAGGCAGGAUAAUCAAAUGAUGUUAGAUGAGAUUGCAAGUGUCGGAUAUAGGAAUAGAUACAAUAUGUUGCCUAAGUUUCUGCAGACUCAAAUGCUUAAAGAUGAGGAUGGUGGGUUAUGGUUUAGGAGGCUAUUCCUAAUUCUGACGGAGACGCAUUUGAUAGAACCUUCAGCUGAUGGUUACUGCAAGACUAAGCUUCUUGGUGUGUUAGCCGAUGUCACACAUGUGAGAAACUAUAAUUGGUGUGCAUACGUCCUUGAUGUACUUGUUAUGGCCCAACGAAAUUGGAUGGACAACCCAGACACACCAUUCACUGGACCAAUUGUCUUUCUGAUGUCCUACUACGUCGAUCGCUUCAUUAUUGAAACACGAAAGGUUCGGCGUGCAUUCCCAUCCAUAAAAGGUUGGAAUUUCAAGCUGCUAAGGUUGAGGGAGAAACAUGAGCUGGAAUUGGGUGGAUUUGGCUAUGGGGUCUAUGAAGCUAAGUAUGAUCCAAGCAGAGAUAAUGAGGUUGGAUUGACGGUGGCGAAGAAAAAGAAGAAGAGGGCUAUUGUUGUUGAGAGAGGAGAAUCAGCUAAACCUAAAGGUGUUACUGAAAAGGGAGGGACAUCGAACACCAAGGCAGAUGAUGCUGUUGAUCAUGCUACUGAUGCGAUGAUGGCCUUGAUGGAAGCUGCAUCGAACGCCGCAAAGGCUAUAUCAAAGCUGCUUAGGAAGAUGAGGGAGGCACCUGACGAUGUCAAGGGCACUGGAUGCUUCAAAAUAGCUUCAACUGCUGCACUAAAGAUGAUUGGUUUCAAAGAAUCUGAACUCAUCAAUGAACAUGCAGAUCCAAUCGCAUCGAUGACACCGACAAUGGAAGAUGAAGACAUUCAAAAUCCAGCAUGGAUUGAGGCUGUUGAGCAGAUGAUGAAGGUGGUUGAUGAGCGCGUUGCUCUGUGCAAAGAUGAUGACAUCCCUACAUUCGACUUGGGGCUUCGCUUCGCUUCGCAGGAUGAUGCAAACCAGACGAUCAAUUCAAUUGUCGAGGAACAAGUACCUGGCAUGGAGCACACUUUACACACGGGGGGUGUUAUAAUAUCUAGUGCAGUUCAAGAUGUUUUACCAAAUGAAGAGAAGGAUGACAGUGAGGAAGACAAUACGCAAUUGGCGCUCAACGUGGUUCAUAAUUUAAUUGACGAUUUUGAUUUUGCGACGCCAUAUUUCACCACUAGUGGACUGCGAGACAGUAAAAAAUCAGUGGGGCCAUCUAGCCACAAUGAAGCUAUUGCCAUCCAACAUAAACAGGAAUUGUUAGUGAAUGGUAGGAUGGAAAUGCGUUCCAAAGCUGAAAAGAAGAUAUCUCAUGCAUUGAGAUCACCAUACAACCAAAGAGCUAUUAAAUUGGGAAACACUUUAACUCCUACUGAAAGGGAAACAUACUAUUGGAUUCUGAAGUGUCAUGAUGUCUACGAUGAUGUGCUUGUAUACGAUGAUGAUGUGGUUGUUGUGACAAAGCUAGAGUUCUAUUCUUUACUGCCACAUACGUAUGUGUCUUCGGGUGUGAUUAGUGCAUGGUGCUCAUAUCUAAACAACAUGGAAGAAUACAGGGGGCCAUCGUCACCAAAAAGGCUAUUCUUCACCUUAUACCCUUGUGCUAGCACAAUUGUGUCACGCACUAAUCCAUGGGAUGAGGGUGUGGCCACUCAGCUUGCGACGUUUGCGGCGAAUUUAGAUCACGAGGUGAAGCUAAUCCCAAAUUUCAAGUGGGCGGACAUAGAUAUGGUAUUCUUCCCAAUUUGUGCACAUGAACACUACUAUGCGGUGUGCUUCUACUAUGCUUCAAAAAGGGUUAUUGUAAUUGACAACUCAAGUAGCGGAGACUCUGACAACAUCACAGUGAAUUACGGUGUGAUACCGGAAACCUUGAGAACCUUUUUCUGGAAAUAUCUUGGAGGAGUUGGCUGCGUUCAGCAAUCAAAAGCAGUUGAAAAUUCUGCCAUUGAAAGGCUGAAACUGAAAUGGAGUACAAAAACUAACAAGGACGACAGUGGUGUGUAUUUGAUGAGACACCUUGAAACUUACAUGGGUCAGAAAGGGUGUGAAUGGACUUGUGGCCUAUCAAAGAAGAGCAAAGGGGUGUUGCAGAUAUUGAGAGCCAAGUACUGUACUGCACUGAUGCUGGCAGAAAUAAAUCACGAACACUUCAAGAAUAAAGCCAAGGUAAUACCAUAUUAUGCAAAUGCACUACAGACCGAGAAGAUAGACGUGGAAAAGUUGAUAGCCAACUAUGCGAAAGAAGGAACGAAUCUAUUUAACUAAUUCACCAGAGGUUUCAUCAUUUUAAGUAGUUUUGAGACUAUGUUUCAGAAGUUUUCGCUACAUUUUGAAUAAUCAUUAAUGACAUUACACAUGAGGUGUUUUUUUUCA